CAUAUCUAAGCAUGCAGCUUGUGAGUAUGCCGUCUGUAUGGAACUCGGCACUUCUAGGACUCGCAGUUACUUUUGUUGUUCUGGUGGCUUAUUGGGCAAAAAACAGAGGUCGAAACCACUACCCUCCAGGACCGUUCCCUCUGCCUUUUAUUGGAAAUAUUUUCCAACUGGAUUUCAACAACUUUCCAGAAAGUUUAUCAAAGCUGAGGACACAGUAUGGAGACGUAUUUAGCCUCAACAUAUUCUUUGAAAAUACUGUUGUAGUAAAUGGAUAUGAUGCCGUAAAAGAGGCGCUGGUCACAAAAUCGGAAGACACUUCAGACCGGCCUUCUAUACCCAUGUUUGAACAUGUCGGACUUAAUAAUGGCAUAGCAUUCAGCAGAUAUGGUCAGCAGUGGAAAGAACAACGACGAUUCGCACUUUAUACUUUGAGAAAUUUUGGAAUGGGGAAAAAAUCUAUUGAAGAGCGAGUACGGGAGGAGGCUGGCUACCUCUGCUCUGCUUUUCAAGAUGAAGAAGGGCAUCCGUUUGACCCAUACUUCAUAAUCAACAAUGCAGUCAGCAAUGUAAUCUGCUCCGUAAUUUUUGGAGACAGAUUUGAUUAUAGCGACUUAUUGUUCCAGAAGAUGAUCAACUUGCUAAGAGAAUCAUUUGAACUGGGAUCGAAACCUAUUACUCAGUUCUACAAACUCUUCCCUUGGCUGAUGAAGGUGCCUGGACCCCAUCAAAGGCAAUUCCAAGUUGUGCGCACUUAUCUAGCCUUCUUAGAAGACAUCAUCCAGAAACACAAAGACACCUGGGAUCCCAGCAUCAGGAGAGAUUUUAUUGAUGCCUUUUAUGAAGAGAUGGAAAAAAAUAAAAACAAUCCCAACAGUACAUUCACUGAUAGGACUCUUCUGUACGUCAUGGCGGAUCUCUUUGUAGCUGGCACAGAUACAACCUCUAACACAUUACGCUGGUCUCUCUUAAUGAUGCUGCACCACCCUCACAUCCAGGAGAAAGUUCAUAAAGAAAUUGACCGUGUAAUUGGACGGGAUAGGUUACCCACUAUGGAAGACCAGGCCAAUAUGCCAUAUACCAAUGCUGUCAUCCAUGAGGUUCAGCGCUAUGGAAAUAUCUUGCCUAUGGCUUUGCUCCAUAUGACAUACAAAGACACCAACAUCCAAGGUUUUCAAAUCCCCAAGGGCACCACUAUCAUACCCAACCUAACAUCUGUUUUAAAAGAUGACACCAUUUGGAAGAAGCCGCAUCAGUUCUACCCAGAACACUUCCUGGAUUCAGAAGGAAAGUUUGUGAAAAAAGAGGCAUUCAUUCCCUUUUCAGCAGGCCGUCGCAUAUGUGUGGGGGAGCAACUGGCAAGAAUGGAUCUCUUCAUCUUCUUUGUAUCUCUGCUGCAGCGUUUUGAAUUUCUCAUCCCGGAUAAACAGCCGCCCCCUCGCCAUGAUCCCUUAUUUAUGUUCAACUAUAGCCCACACCCCUUCCAAAUAUGCCUGCAAAUACGAUAAUG